AUGGCUUUGGCAAAUCCUCCGCGGGGUGUCCAGCCCGGCGAUCUCCUGGUCGUUAUCCAUGACUUCGAUGCGCGCGGUACCGACGAACUUACCUUACGUCGAGGAGACAAAAUCGAGUUAAUUGAACUGGACGAUGGUUUUGGUGAUGGAUGGUUUCUCGGAAAGGAUUCAAAAACAGGAACAACCGGUCUUUUUCCUGGAGUCUAUACUACCUUCAGCCCGCGAAUUAAAACUCGACCGCAAACGGAUACGUCACAACACCGUGACUCCGGUUCGCAAAAUGGAGAGUCCGAUCCAAACCUAGGUGCGCCGGUUGCAUCGAAAAGUGGUCAAUCCACCCCGCAAGCUUCGCGCCAUGUUAGCGCCUCCGGUAUGCAGGUCCCGGACAUCGAUCCUCCGACACCCCCUUCGCCCAAGCAACAACUGCAGCCGCAGCAGAGAUCGAGCUCAUCUCCACUGCCAACUCGGAAUAUGACUCUUGAUGUUCAGCAAUCGUUCAAACACUCCCUUGCCCAUCAGAUGAAUGGUCAGGAUAGUCCGGUCAUGAACGAGACCUUAAGCGUUAUCGAUGAGCAUAUCACCGACUUGAGUACUCCACGACAUAGCCUGGCACCCCCAGAACCCAGGGUGAGAAACGAUUCCGAGAGCGAAUACAGCAGCCACCUCGGUCACCGUAUGUCCUACAUCAAUGGCCAUGAGACGGACGAAGAAGAAGAAAGUCAACCGACCGAGGAACAGGUACGCGUCUGGGAUCAGCAUGAAACCGCAAAGCGCCUCCGAGCGCUUGGCAUCGAUGACAAACACUGCGACAUAUUCGAAGAGCAAGAGAUUACCGGUGACGUCCUCCUUGAUAUGGACCAGGAUUUCGUUAUGAUGAAAGAGUUUGAUUUCGGUGUUAUGGGCCGCCGUUUGAAGACCUGGCAUAAAGUGAAAGCUUUUCAGGAAGAGAUAAAGGGUUUCAAUUCCCAACCUGCCUCCUAUCCUCGGACGUCGGAAGAGCGUCCCGAACAUACGAGUACCUUUCUCCCACGCAUCCCAACCUUUUCCGAAAAGACUGGCGGCUACCAUCAGUCGCGAGGGUCGAGCAUUUCGUCGUAUCAGUAUCCCCGGUUCGAUGGGAGUAUGCAGAGCAAUACCUCGCCCGCUCCGACAUAUAGCAUCGGUGUUGAAAAAAGGCCCUCGGCCGCAUCCAUUCGAAACUUCAACCAUUCGCGCCGUCAUUCGUCGAUCGACACGACCAACCGCUCCUACGAACUGGCUGACUCGCCCCCUCGUGCGUCGCAUCAGCCCAAGUCCUCACUUGACCGGGCUUGGUCAAUGGCCGGUGGAAACCAACGAGUCUCCCCUCGUCCGGGUACAUCUCUCGGGACGACCACCUCGGAGAGCACGUAUUCCCAGCAAGGCAUACGCGGCGCGGACCCUAAUGAAUGUGACUCAGCCAUUUCGGUGACGGACCGGUACGAUGACUUGGACCGUGGAUACUUCUCAGGACCCGAGGGUGAUACAAAGAAAGGCAAGCGGGUUCUGGUCAAACGGGGUUCCGCGGCUAGUGGAAGUAUCAGCCAUUCCAGGAAGUCGAGCUAUAAUGACGACCCAUUCAGGAUCGCGGUGGGCAGACGGCACUCUCGUAUUGGAAGUAUCGAUUCGAUUCGCGAUGCCGCCAACCAUGCUUUCACCUCAUCGAAGCCGUCUUCUUCGGGCCCACCGGCCCCACCCCCCAAGGGCCGUCUCCGGAGUCUCAGCACCCGCAUUGUGGACCGCUCCGGUCACAGUUCACAAUCGUCUAAUGCGGCCUCGUUGGAGGACAAGACAGCUUCUGGGGCUGGGUUCUUCUCGUCUUUGGUUGGUGGCAGUGGGAGUGGUAAAGCAGGCGCAGAAUCAGCUGCGCGUUCUUCUCCGUUGCCCUUCCAGCAACAUAUCAGAAAUGCUGGUCCUAAAUUUCGACGUGCUGUCGGCCUUCGGACGACGACGGACAUUGUCGGGAAAGUCGACACGUCGGGAGUCCCUUCAUCGCCAAUUAAAGACUCGGAUCCGUCAUCUAUCCGAACAGGAUCGACCACGCCGUCUGCGACAUCCAAGAGUUCGGAACGCGUCAGCACUGAACGCCAGAGCACUGAUGGAUCUGGGAAAGCGAUAGAUGGUGCCGGUGGCUUCCCUUUGCCGCGUCCAAAGCCCUCUGUCAAGUCCUCUGUCAAGACCAAGAAGGACACGAGUGCGUACAUUCAAGGAUUGGAAAAGAAAUCUCCAAAUGAGCAGAUGACGCAGUGUGACUAUUCGGGCUGGAUGAAGAAGCGGUCUUCGAACCUGAUGACAACGUGGAAGCCUCGUCUCUUUGUUUUGCGGGGUCGUCGCUUGUCGUAUUACUAUUCGGACACGGACAAGGAGGAACGAGGCUUGAUUGACAUUACCGGGCAUCGUGUUCUUCGAGCAGACAACGACCCGAUCAUUACGCUGCACGCCACCCUCACUGGUGCUACUGCAUCGCCAACGUCGCCCGCCAGUGCUGCCCAAGUACCGACAGAUAAGUUGUCUAAGUCUGAAAGUAGCGGGCCGUUCUUCUUCAAGUUGGUGCCCCCGAAAGCCGGCGUGGCUCGCAGUGUCCAGUUCACCAAGCCUGCCGUCCAUUAUUUCCAAGUGGAUAGUGUCAAAGAAGGCCGCUUGUGGAUGGCUGCUCUCAUGAAAGCGACCAUCGAACGUGACAUGGAAAUUCCAGUCGAGACCACUUACAAGCAUGACACUGUCAGUUUGAAGCAAGCUCGGCUGAUGAACCAGCGGCCGCCUGGGCUUCUCGCCACUCCCACUCCUCAAGAGGAAGAUGAGGAUAAGGCCGAAGAACGGGCCCGAGGAGCAGGCGAAGAGCCACUGACGACGAACGAUGGUGCCGGUCUGGGUCUUGGUCUUGAGAAAUCUCCCACCGAUUGUGAUGACCAGGCUCCACCGAGCCCGCUUGCGAGUAAUCCACUUGGCAAUGGCUCUUCAACUUUGGUUUCAGAGACGGCUGAGAAGUAG